UAUCUUCGUAUGCUUUAUCCAAUUAUAAUUUCCUGUUAGUUUUUGUGACAAUACACAAAGUACAUUAAUUUCCCUGUUCUUUCAAUACCCCCAGGAACAAUUUAUACAAUUCUAAUCCUGGAUUCGACUGGGGCAAAUUCCGAAAUCUAGCGGAGGAAAUAUGGCUUUCCUCAAGACCUUAUUUUGUGUUCUUGUACCAGUUCCAAGAGCCAGGAGUUUAUGUCUUUAAGCUAAGUAGUAACCAUUACAAAAAAAUGGUAAGUACAUUUCAUGGUAAGAGGAGGGCAAUGUUAUGAAGAUGGUCCGUUUUUUCCUACGGCCCCUAGAUAUGUCGUCCGUAACGGAAUUGCAAAGACUCCUCAGCUUCUUUUAAAGCCGGAUUGGCCAGCCAUUACUGGGAUUGUAACAAGCCUUCUGUUAAUUUUAAUAACCUGCAUCUUACUUCUUGUUUGGUUUAAAGACUUGGGCUGGACUCAGAAGACUGCAGGUUUUCCAAAGUUCAGAAAACGUCAUCUCAAAUAUAACUUUAAUAGCUAUUCAUCCAAAGGGGCUGCUGUGUCAACAGUGAAGAAACUUCAUCCGAAAACGAGGAUCAAAACUCAUGCUGAUAAAAAGUGGGAUGAGUCUGAUAAAAAGAAAUGUCGUAGUUUCCUUGUGAAUGAUGAAUUUUGGGACUAUGAUCAGCAGGUUGACAUGGAAUGUUUCAACACACACGUAUUCUAUGAUAUUUUAUUAAAGCAAUCUCUUCUAGUCACAGCUAAACUUGGCCAUCUAAAAGAAGAAGUAAAGAUUUACUAUGAUAAACUUGUACAUGAAGUGAGCACUCUGAAAGACGUUUUUGCGAAAUGUCUAAGUAUUUCUUACAAACAGAAGCGUUACAGCAGUUCCAUAUUAGAAAGCUACAAAAGAAAAAAGAAAGAGGCUGAACUGGAAAUCGCAAAGAGAAAGCUGUUGGCAGCGGAAUACGAGGAGAUUCUAAAUAAGCAGCUGGGCAAUUUAGAGCAGGAUUCGAAGAGUUUGGAAGAUCAUUGCGUUGUUUUUAAUGGCGCUCUGAGAGAAUGUCUGAGAUUGCUUGAGAUGCUGAAAACAAAAAACAGUAUCGGAGAGUCUGCCAGCAAGCUCUGUGUAUAUAAUAGCCAAUCACUCAUGUUACAGCUAGAAGAUGCAUGCAGCAGAAUGCAUACAGCGGUGAUGAAGGAGUGUGAGAGGCUCAAAGCGUGGGGUGUUCUGGGUGAAGGAACAGGCGCCUACCUUAUUAACAAGGACAGAACAUGCGCUCUUACCAAAAGGGAUCUUAUAGCGUUAGAUGGCUCGGUACGGGACGGCAAUCUUGUAAGUGUGAAUAGCACACAUGGGCUUCUAAGUCCAGCUUCACAUUCUGUUAUGCUUCUAUCCAGUCAUUAUUUAAUGCCAGCUCCAGAUGACUAUUUUGUGCACAGUGAAACUGGCAAAGUCCUUCCAAUUGCUGGGAAUGUUGUGUAUGAUCCCACUACCUCCCAGCUAAUUACUACUGUGGACUCAGCGUUCGGAGAAAUUACGACAACAGAAACACUUCUAUUCCCAUUUAUUCCUUAUCCCCUGUGUCCGAGAUCUGGGCUACCAGUGGAAUGCAAUCUUCCAAGUAUUAAUCAUCACAAAAAAUAUGAGGGGCUGAUACUAAUGUUGGAUCAUGCAUCUGGAAUGGAAGUGCCAAUUCUUGCUGUAACUAUUCAUCCACAAACACGGCAAUGGAUGGCACUGGGGGGUACAUAUGCCCAUCCUCUCACUGGCAUGAUUUCACCAAUUGAAAUAGGAGGCCCUAUGAUUGACCCCAAAACAGGAAAGAUUUUUCCGAUUCUAGGCAUUGAAUUGGACAGCAACACAGGUCACGUUAUUCCAGUCGGAGGGUUAAUGUCUACAUCUGGUGAGAUUUCUGUGUUUGGAGAUGAAUUCUGUGAGCCAUUGAGUGGGAAAAAAGUCCGACUUCAAGGUGCUGUUUUCAAUCAAGGAAAAGUGGUGCCCCAUUCUGGAGGUUACCAAGCGCUCUUAGAGUCCAAUUUACUGAUGGCUGAGAUCAAUGUGAUUGACGCUCUGAAAGCCCUUAAAGACACAAUCCCUGGAGAUGAUUUUAUAGUGAAAGAUGACUUUGAACAAGUUUACAGAGCUUUGGAUAAAGCCAUGGAAAAUAUGAAGAGAUCCAUUGCAAUAAGGCAGCAACACUUAAUGUAUAGAACGCACAAUUUGAAGUGGCAAAAGUCAAUGGCUAUGGAUUUUAAAUGCUAUGGUGGAAAUUUAGGUAUGAUAUUCUAUCCCAGGACAGAGCUGUGGCUUCCUGCAGUAUUAGGAAUGGAAAUCCAUGACCCCGGACCUUCAGAUAUAAUGGUGCCAAUUCUUGGAGUAGAAUAUGAUUUUAUUAAAGGCCAUUUAAUUCCGCUGGCAGGAACAAUGGAGGAUGCCGAAGGGAAAGGACUUAUUCCAAUCGAAUUGGGAGCUAGAACAAUUGAUCCAAUCACAGGUGACAGUGGAUCAGUGGUAGGUGCUCAAACCAGCCCAUUAACAGGAAUUAUUAUGCCAGUUGUACAGUCAGGCACAUCGUCGAAAGGAAAGGAUUAUUAUCUGUUGGAAUCACUUGGAAGAGAAUUAAAAUCAAGAGAGCGAUUUUGGCAAAACCAAAAGAACAAGGAAGGAGAACUUUUGAAAGAUUUGAAACUUCUUCUACUUUAUAUCGCUGAUGCCGCGAGAGAAGACAAGAUACACAAGAGUAGAUUCAAAGACAAGAUUGUAUCACUAGAGGAACUUUGUCAAUCGGUCGAAGAAUCAACCCUUCGUGAAACUCAAAGAAGAUCCAAACAGAAUUUAAACAGCUUAUCCAUCAAGAUCAGUCAACUGCCUUUUAUGAGUGACAAUACAGAGGAGAUGGAACGGCAACUGAUGCUUUUAAUGGUUGUCAGGAAAACUAUGGAAAAAUUGGUUCAAUUCUCUCACAAGUUAGAGCAUGAAUCGGAAAGACUUCGAUCCCAAACGAGAGAGUGGCAGAAAAGCAGGGAACAAAUUCGUGAAGAAAUAGUUGGGACUAAGCAAAACAUGGUUAGAUUGAGCUUGAUUGACGAGUUUGAGGACCACAUGAUGAAAAGAUUAAUUGGUGUGGACACUGCAUAUUCAAAACUAGAAUAUGUCAGAGAAUAUAUUAAACUACAAGGACUUCAAGCAAAGUUAUUUCUAUUAGGUAGGGCACCCCAGUAUCUUAAUUCCCAAACAUCGUAUUGGAAUGUUGUUGGAAAAGAGGUCCAGGAUCUUGGUCGAACACUUACUCCAAUGUUAAAAUAUCUGAUUCAGAUCAUGGAAGAAAAGAAGAAUUAUAAGUUAUUAGCUGAACCACGAGCACCAGCAUCAGGUUAUUCCUCACGUAGCACACUUAAAGCAUCUGCAGCAAACUCCGACAGUUUUCAAGUGGUACCUAUUGGGGACACAGAAAAGUUGUCAUCAAACGUGCCUUGGUUUACCAACGCCGACAUUGUUUCCAGACAUCAAGACUACCUGUUCAGGUUUCUUACAGAGAAACAAGCCAGUGAACUGGUCAAUUUUGAAAGGCUGCUACUCACUGAAGAAAUUAACAAGAUAUGGAACUUUUACGAAACAUAUAAUGUCAAAGCACAUGGAAAAAUCAACACAAACCUCUCACAAUUGCUUUUUAGUUUCAAAGAUAAAGAAAGGAUGAAUAUUGAACAAUGUAACCCUGGAAAGUUGCUGGGAACUAGUCAAGAAAGUGAAAUGUAUGCUGAGUGGCAAAGACUUCUAGAGGAGUUAACUGAAGUCCACAGAACCGCUCGCCAGGCAUUACACCAAAAGCACCUGGAAGAAGUAAAAAGUAUGGGGUUAAACCCAGCCAGCAUUAUCCCUGAAGAUUAUUUCGGCAUUGAUGUUCGAGCCUCAAUACAGCAUCUUGCCAAAAAUAUACUACCAGUCUGCGGUCAAUGGCAGUAUGACGCCAUGCAGGAGAUGCAGGGUAUGUCUUCUGUUGAUGCUAAAUUGCUAGUGGGGGAUACAAGGUCUCAUAAUGAACUUCUAAGAAGUAUAGCAACCAAGUUUGUGAAACAUGAGCUGGUAACGCAAGCCCACGUGUACAAAAUUCUAGAUUUCUACAACAAGCUCCAGAUUAAUAAUUGCCCUGGGGAUGUCCAGAAAAUUGUAAGCAGUUUGUGCUGUACGUCAUUAUCAGGACAACAAGCUGCAGAAGAGGCAGCACACACCAUUGAAGAUUCACAGGUUGAAAAUCUAAUCGCGUUUUUAAGGAAAUACUACAAGGAAGAGCAGCUACUACAUAUUCAAUAUCCGCUGAGUGAAAUGCAAACUCAGCUUAAAGAGGAGCAUUGUUUAUUAACAGAACAAAUGUUGCAGGAAAGGGAUAAAUUACUAUUUGAAGAACUGGCAAAUUCGGAAAAUCGAAGUUACACGGAGCACGUAGUGUGCUGUGUGCUGUCUCAAAGGCACUUCCGUCAGAUAAUUCUUCUGCAAGAGGGAGUGAAUGCAUCAAAAAAUGACCAGGCAAAGCUGGCAAGAAAACUGAUCACUUCUGAAGAUGAUACCAUGACAGGACAUUGUCAAGAAGAUAUUUUCAGUCUAUUUAACAAUAAAACCGAGACAGGCUUGUUACUAGUGGAGUUACAACAUCUGGUAAAACGGAUACAAAUGAGAGAGCAUUAUAUUGAACAAAUAGCUGAUUGCCUUAAAGAAUAUUGCUCUGACAAGGUGCACAUUCUUACUUUUGUUGAAGAAGCGUACUAUUUGGCCAAUGAAGUUAAAAGUUUCAGAGAACAAAAGUUGAAGAAGCUACAGGAAGAACUGCAGGAGAUAUCUGAUCAAUCAACAGCCAACGAGAAGACUUCAGGCAGAGGAGAAGAGAAAAUCCGACCAGAGAAGAUAUUGCUAAACAGCUUACAAGAGAAACAAACAGCUUUGGAGAACUUACACAGGAAACAGAUAUCUGAAGAACAGCUAAAACUCCAGGACCAGUUAGAGCGAGGGGAACUGAAUGUUUUAUUAAAGCAGAAACUCAUCAAGGAGCACGACGAAACUGUAACUUUCUUAGAAAAGACCUUUGAAAGGGACCUUGAGAUAUUAAAAAUGAAACUGGAGGCGGAAGUGAAGAAGAGAGAAGAGGGAAUCCAUAAUGUAAAUACCAACACGUCGUCCGGAAAAAAAGGCACACAGAAUGAUGAUCAAAGUAUCCUGACGUUGCUAGCAGAGAAUAUCAACAUAUUUCAACAAGCAGAACAAAUCAUGGCUUCAAGAAUAUCUCUUCUUGUUCCUCAGAUUUAUUCUUCCAAUCUACGGCCAGAUGGGAAUGCAACAAAAUUACAUAAAAUAUCAGAAUCUUCUCCUGUUCUGGCACUACUCAAGGAAGUGGAUACUCAACUGAGAGUCAAUGCCCAGUCUGCUCUUAUCAUUCAGGACAGCAAUGAGUUACAUAAAGGAAAUGCGUUUAGAGACAUCCAGGAUUUGCAGUUAACACCCAAAGGGGAAUUAAUCGUUAUGAAUCAAGAAGAUCUCAAUCCAAGAGAGAUUGUGAUAUAUCAGUAUGGUUUAUACAUCUUGGAAUUACUGGAGAACCAUCUCAAUGCAAGUAUUGAUUUCCUAUUUCUCGAUUCAGUUACCUUAAUUGACAACUUAUCAAUAAUCGUUGGUAAAAUCUAUUUACAUGUUGCCUCUAGCUUACCUGCAAACACCUACAAAGGAAAUGCUUUCGUCAACUCAUUUUAUUACCAGACCUCGGAAAGCAAACUUUAUGUUGCCCACGAAUAUCUAAAGUCAAUCGGGAGUUUCAUUUUAUUGAUUGUUCAUUGCAUAUCCCACAUUGCUUGUGAGGACUUCGGCGAUGACUCCCACACCUCCUUCCUAAGGGUUUAUUACCAGGCAAUAAAGAUCUGCUUUAGUGAUGGCUUCUUCAGCAGAAUCCUGUCAUUACCUUCUGAACAAGACAAUAUGACAGCUUCACAAGUUCAUGAAGGAAUGCACACAGAUCUCCUUUUUAAUCCAUGUUUCUCAAGAUUAAAAACUAAAGGAAAGCCUGGUUUUAAAAAGGCUUUUGAUAAGAGUGAUGAAUUGUUGAAUACAUGCAAAAUUGAAAUAUUACUCAGAAAUAUGCUGGGUGAGAGAAAGAGACGCUUCUUCAAUAAGAACUUUAAAGAUAUUCCCAGUGUUCCUGAAAAUGAAGAAAGAUUCACUGAGAAUUUUACUAAACAACACAUUGAGGAGGAGUUGGACCGGCUGAAUUUCGAACUAAUGAAAAUAAUGGAAAAAGAAGUUGAUUUACGCAGAGAGCAUAAAGAAGAAGACGAGAUGCUUUGCUAUUUUCAAAUGAUUUCACUUGAAAAGGAAUGCACAAGGAAAAAAAUAGAGCGUUUAGAAAAUGAAAUUGAUAAACAGACAAACCUUGUAUAACAUCCUGUAAAAAGGAUUAUAUUGCUGU